AUGUCAGCUCCCAGCACUACCCCGAAUAACGCGUCCCCGUCGCCUCCUACGAGCGAAACCGCGGUGUCCACACCCCAGGCCACCCCGCUCCCUCCCUCUCGCCCGGCCUCGGCGUGGGGUUCGACCUCGGCGACGCCAUCGAUCCUGCGAAGCGACCCUAGCUUUCCUCCCCUCUCGCCGGCCUCGGGCCCAAUCCGUAGCGAGAUCACGCGCCCGCGUAUCGAGUCCCUCAGCAUCGGCAAGGGGAGAACGAAAGCAACCAAGAAAUCCAAGAAGCCGGCGGCAGACCAGCAGACACCCCUCCCGCCUUCGCCGCCACUCGUGACCUCAACUCCCCGCGCCUCCCCCGACGCGAAGGAGGAAUCCCUGACGCCGGCGACACUAGCCGGGCCGAUCAACGGCUGGUACGGUCUCGAGAAAGAGGAGUCCGUGACACCCGCCUUGGGAACCCAGACGCCCAAGAUGGCUGAACCAACUCAGGCGGAAACGCCCAAGAAGGAGGAAAGCGUCACACCGAUGCCCGUAACGGCGGCACCCGAGCCCAGCCUGGUCGCCACCUCCGCGAACAGGCCGCCCAAGCGCGACCAUUCAACGGCCGCCCCGGUGACCCCCAACCGCCCUCUCAACAAAGGCAAGGCGAGGCAGGAGGAACGAACGCCCAAGUCGCUUCGCACGUCGUCGGCGGACGAUGACCUCCCGAUGCCGGACCACUCGAUAAAGCCACUGCACUUCGGCGGGCGUGAUCAUAGGUCGAAAACCGCCAGGGCAGCGUCGGCGGCGCGGAAGGCUGCAACGCUCCCGCACAGCGAACCCCAGGAUACGGUCGAAGUCAUCGACAUGACAACCACCCACUCGCGCGACCUCCCGCCGCACCUCCAGACCCCACUCCCGAAGACGACGGAACCCAAGCCCACCCGCCAGCGCUACGACGAAGCAGGCCCCUCACGCCGCUGGGCGAACCUCAUAGACAUGGCGGAUGAAGCGGCGACAUCCCGGGAACGCUACGCGGCGAGCAACGACCCGUUCGCCCUCGGCGCCGAAUUCAUCCCGGCACCGCCAGCCGCCCCUUUCAUCCCACACCCAGCACCGAUCCAGGUUUUAAUGGCCGACGCUGGCCCGGCACAGGCGCCCAUGCUCCAGGACGCGCCGCAACCACCACCACCACCGCCAGUACACCCGGUACCCCACCCACACCCGCAGCAGCAGCCGCACUUCCCGCCUCCCGUCCAGACACCCGCCCCGCCGCCCAACAUCGUCCAGUCGCGGGCAUGGGGACCCAACCAGCUACAGUAUUUCCUUGCGGACGGGGUAUACACGGUUUACCGCGCGAUGCACCCGUCACAAACGGGGGCGAUCCAGCGCAGGGCAACCGAACAGCCGAACAACACGGCCUUCCUCGUGGCGCCGGGCCUUCCCCCACCCACCAGCGCGCCUAUGGCACACAGCCACGCCGCGAACCUAGAGGCCGCGCUAAACGAAAUGUACGACCGGCUCCAAGACGGAGACGCCAUCAGGGUCAUCCCGCUACGCCAGGCGAACGACCACUACAGCGGUUUCUACUUCGCCUUCAAUCUCAUCGAGCAGGAACGGCACGACCUCGUAGGGACGACGAUCAGCGUCUCGAAUCGCCCCCCGCUCCACGGCUUUGCGGCGAACCUCACGCUCGCAUACACCAGGCUAUUCGUCGGCAUCAUCGAUGGCCUGUUCGGCCCCUUCUUCACCCCCAACGGAGGCGGCGACAACAUCGCGGACUUCGUCACGAACGCGAUCAUGGGGACCCCAGUCAUGCAGGAGGCGAUCGCGCGUAACGGCCCCGAACAAAGGGACUACAUGUGCACGAUGUACCGGACCGGGAUUUUCCUCCGCCUCAUGCCAGUCCGUGGCCCGGGCAACAUCAUAACGAAUGUAUACGCCGUGUACAUAGAAACACCGUACACCCAAAUCGACCACGUAUACACGUUCCUUGCCACUCUGCGCCUCCAGCUCAACAGGCAAGGCCGCCUUACCCACCCCUUCCUCGGAGUCGGCAUCCUCAACGCCGACCGCUUUCGCUGCUCCAGAUGCCUCGCGAGCGACCACCCGGCCACGCUCUGCCCCUUCCCCAACCUCCCCGAGUGGGAUGGCGUCCCCCCCAUCGUAACCGACGAGGACGACGAACCGGCAAUGCACCAGCAGCCGCUCUUCAACAUCCCGGAGAUCCCCGGCUUCGGCAAUGCACGCGGAGGAGGCCAAGGUGGCCGUGGCCGAGGAGCAGGUCGCGGUGGCAGGGGAAACACGCGAGGAGGCCGCGGCCGUGGCGGCAACGCCUACUAG